AUGGGAGUGGGCCGAUCCCCCGAAGGUCCUUGUUUGGGGACUCGACAGCUCCUGCCUGAUGGAAGAAAGGGGGACUAUGUGUGGAAAACUUAUAGAGAGGUUGAGCGACUUGCCAUAGAAGUUGGCAGCGGCCUUCUUAACGAAGACCUUGUGCCCCAGCGGGUUUUUACUGACGUUUCGGGCAGCCAACUAACUUUACGUUGCAUAGGCAUUUUUGCUAAAAAUAGGGAGGAAUGGGUCAUAACAGAGCAUGCAUCAAACGCGUACGGCAUAACAGUCAUCCCCCUGUACGACACUUUGGGGCCACAGAGCACACGAUUUAUAUUAGGAGAGACGCAGAUGAAAACCGUCGUGAGUGACGGGGACUGUCUUGUCAAACUCCUGGACGCGUUGCAACAGCAGCAUGCCGCAGACAGCACCAGCGCCACCAGCCAGCAGCGCGACAUUGCUAUGGAGUGUAUAGUCACCGUGGAUGAUAUACCAGAAGAUCAGAAGGAGAGAGCCGCCACUCUCAACUUGCGUUUGCUGUCGUGGAACGACUUACUAGAGCUCGGAAGGCGGAGUGUGGUUCCUCUUUCAAAUGAGGUGCAGCCGACGCUGGAGUCCUUACACACCAUCUGCUACACCUCAGGGACGACUGGCAGUCCGAAAGGCGUGAUGAUGUCCCACGGGAACUUCGUAGCUUGCGUCGCAACUGCUAUUGAAGGCCCUCUCCACGAGAACGGCUUGCACUUGUAUUCGUCCGACUGUUUACUUUCCUACCUUCCGCUCGCUCACGUUUACGAGCGCUUUUGCGAAAAUGUGUUCUUCAGCUACGGCGCCAGGGUUGGCUUUUACUCCGGCGACACUCACAAGUUGCUGGACGAUGUGCAGGUUUUGAAACCUACAGUCUUCUGCAGCGUCCCUCGGCUCUUUCAGAGGAUCGAAGCCAGAGUAACUAGUAGCCUGCAGGGAAAGUCGUUCGUGGCGCGAUCCCUUUUCAACCAAGCCUUGGCCGCGAAAAUUCGACGUCUGCGAAGCUCAGGCAUACCUCAGCAUCCGUUCUGGGACAAGGUUGUGUUUGACAAGUUCAAGAAUCUCAUGGGCGGUCGCGUGCGUAUUAUGCUAACGGGCUCUGCUCCUCUUGACCCCCACACUCUUGAGAGGAUGAGGGCAUUUUUCUGCUGCUGGAUUGUUGAAGGUUAUGGCAUGACGGAAACAAUGGGCGCUUCCUUUCUUACAUGGAACGUGUACGACAACAAUCCAGGGCAGAUAGGUGGAGUAUUGCCGUCUUUGGAAUUCUGUCUAUUGGACGUCAGCGAAACUAUGAACAAGUACUCCAUAAAAGAUGAAAUUCCGAAAGGGGAACUUUGCGUCAGGGGCUCUACGGUCUCGGCUGGGUAUUUUCGCAAUGCGGAAGAGACGCGAGCCGCUAUAGACAAAGACGGGUGGCUCCACACUGGGGACAUAGCUGCGCUUUUGCCCAACGGGGGAGUGCAAAUCAUAGAUAGGAAGAAGAACAUUUUCAAGCUUGCUCAGGGAGAAUAUGUGGCCCCUGAAAAGGUGGAGACAGUGUAUAUGCAAAGCCGAUUCGUGGCGCAGUGUUUUGUCUUCGGAUUUUCUUCAGAGACCUCUCUCGUCGCAAUUGUCGUGCCAGAUCAAGAGCAGACUCUGCGUUGGCUGCGAGAGGUGCGAGGAGCUGAUGUUGCUGACUCUCGGCCUUUUGAAGAGUGGGUGAAAGACUCUGCAGUGCAGAAGGCUGUCUACGACGACAUGCAGCAGGUUGGAAAGAUGCAGGGCCUGAAGGGAUUUGAGCUUGCCAGAAAAAUACACCUCCACUCUGAACAAUUCACGGUUGAAAACGGCUUGUUGACGCCUACUUUUAAACUCAAGCGUCACUAUGCUCAAGAGGUUAGCGACUUCCACGCCAGGGAGGCGGAGGACAUUGAUACAACGACGGGCUUAUGUAGGGGAAUUUGUGGCACAGCCAGCAAGCGCUUGAGCUUGGACUUGCGCCUUUUGGGGAACAUGAAGACUAAAAUACACAGCGAAGUGGUCAACUGUUCUGUUGGAUGUUCGGCGGCCUCCACAGGAGCCGAACUCCGGAGUUUUCUGCGAAGAGAUAAAGACGAUGUACGGCGAAAUACAUAUGGAACAAGACGCAUGAUUUUGUCAUUGUUCUUUCCGCAGUCUCACAAUAGAGUGAUGGGAAGAAGGCAAGGCGAAGGCGGAAAGCUUAUACUUCAAACUGUGAAGGGAAACGGAACCAGGGCACGAUUUGGCUUAUCACUGCCCAAAACGCACGGACUUGGACACAACUAUGAGACGUGGUAA